CAGUUGAGCAAUUUCUCGUGAGCGAUGAUAAACUUUCGCACGCUAAUUUAUCGUUAGAUUUUUUAAUAGUUUUUUAUUUUUUAAACAAUAUAACCUUUUAAGAAUUAAAACAAGUGCAACAAUUAUCCUAAAUUCGUUCUAAUAUACUUCUUAAACAAUUUACGAAGAAAAAAACAAAUAAAAUGACUGAAGAACAAAGUGGAAAUUGUGCAGUUUGUAAAAUACCGGCUAAGCAAUUUUGUUCGGCGUGUAAAAGUGUCUCCUAUUGUGGGGCGGAACAUCAGAGAGCGCACUGGAAAACACACAAAUCUGAAUGUCGUCCAUUUAAAAUAGCUAAAAGUGAUGAACUCGGUCGGUUCCUAAUUGCUACUCGAGAUAUUAAGGCCGAUCAAGUGGUCUUUACAGAGGCUCCCUUGGUCGUGGGACCAAAAUGGUAUCUGAGUAAAAUUGAUGAGACAAAUCCAGUGAUGCCUUGUGUUGGAUGUUUUACACCGUGCCGUGUAGAUGGGCAUAAGUGUCCGAGGUGCAAAUGGCCAGUUUGCUCUAUCGACUGUGCUGGACUUCAGAAUCCAAAAUUACAUGGAGUGGAGUGUUCAGUUUUGAUGCUUGGAAAUGGACCGGCUAGUCGGGACAUCAAGUCACUUAACGAUUACUACAGAAGUGAUUCACUGUUUGUACUCAAGUGUCUACUACUUCAGGUGCAAAACCAGAAAAAGUGGACCGAAUUGAUGGAUAUGCAAAGUCACGAAGAAGAACGUUUAGAUACAGAACUUUAUCAAGAAGCCCAGGACCGCAUAGUAACCUACCUUCACAAUAACUACCUUCAAAAACUCACCCAUUUGGAGAAUAAGAAAAAAGAGAAAUUUUUACAGCACAACGGGCCGGAUAUCCUUCACAAAAUCUGUGGAAUCAUAGAAACCAAUUAUAUGUGCAUUAAUCUACCAAGUGGCAUGGAACUGAGUGGUGUCUUUUAUAUUGCUUGCAUGAUGGAACACACAUGUCAUCCGAAUUGCUAUUUUCAAUUCGACCAUCGAAAUGGAUUCAAAAUCUCCGUUGUUGCCGGAAGAGACAUCCGCAAAGGUGAACACCUACAGAUUAUGUACUCGAAUAUGCUCUGGGGCACCCAAAUGCGACAUGAGCAUCUUCAGAUAACCAAGCAUUUCCUGUGUAGUUGCGAACGUUGUCGAGAUCCGACAGAAUUUAAAACGUAUUUUAGUGGAAUGAUUUGUGUGGGAGAUGUUGGGAAGGAGUGUGGUGGUAUUCAGCUACCAAAGGAUCCCCUCUCGUCGAAGACAGAUUGGAUGUGUGAUACAUGUCCAAUGGUCAUUAGUGGUGAAGAGGUUCGUUUUUUGUUGACACAAAUAAAUGAGGACGUCGAGCAGAUGCUGGCAACUAAGCCAACCAUUCGUCAGCUUGAAGCAUUGAUUGAAAAACUCUCUCAAUUCUUACAUCCAAACCAUUAUCAGAUAUUUGCCCUGAAGCAUUCUCUAAUUCAACUCUACGGAACACAAUCUGGAUUUACCUUACAGCUCCUCACCGAACAACAGCUUGAUAAGAAAAUGAAAAUGUGCAAGGAUUUGCUGGCUAUUUGUGACAAAUUAGAUCCUUUUACAAUACGACUGUCAAUUUAUGUUGGAAUUAUUUUAUUCGAAAUGCAUACUGUCCUUAGAGAGGAAGCAAGACGAAUUCUUGAAAAGACAAACACUACGAAGGAGGAGGUGGCGCCGCCGCCGGUGGCGGUGGUUGGGGCAAAUGCUGGGAGAGCUUUGGAAAAGUUCAAUUUAGCUCGUGAUUACCUUAAACGAGCUGUUCGAGUUCUUGCAAAGGAAUUGGACAGUGUUGUUGGGAAGAAGUUAAAUGACACUAUCGAGAAGGCAAUUCAGGAAUUGGACUACUUGAUUGUGAGCAAAUUUGCAGCAAAUAAAUAAGAGUUGAAUUGAACUUUUAAACCAAUAAAAUAUUUGAAAAAAUAAAUCGGUUAAU